UCUUUUACUAAUAUGGUAUCAGAGCGUUUACACUCUCGUUCUCUCUAACAAAUUUUUCUGAUCUUCUGCCGGAAAAGUUUGUUACGUUACCGGAGUUCUUCGAUUCCGAUCUCGAUCCUUUUGCUGUAGUCUUCGCUUCUUCUCUUCUUUCGAUUCCUCCUCAGAUUCAGCUUGAUUUCGCCUCUCAUCGUUCGAUUUCAGCUCAUCUGUUCUCCAUGGGAAAACGAAAGACGAACUCGAAGUAUCGAUCCUCUACACCAGAUCUACCGGAAAACGAUUCUCCGAUCUCUCAUGACAAGACUCGUAGCUCUUCACCGUCGCGUAAUGCUCUUGGCUCUGCGUAUCCGGUUUCUAAUGCUCGAUUCAAGUCAUCUACUCCUCAUUUUGAAAUCUCGAACUCUCCAGACAAUAUCCACAGUCCUUUUCACCUUCACAGCUCCGAUCAUCCAGGUCUCGUUCUUGUCCCUGAUCUCUUAGAUGGAACCAAUUAUGGCACCUGGAUUGUUGCGAUAACCACUAGUAUCGAAGCUAAGAACAAACUAGGAUUUGUGGAUGGUUCUCUUGUUCGACCUGAUGAAUCCGAUCCUUACUUUCUGAUUUGGAAACGUUGUAAUAGCAUGGUGAAGUCGUGGCUAUUGAAUAGUGUCUCGAAACAGAUCUACUCCAGCAUUCUCUACUUUUCUACAGCAGCAGAGAUUUGGAAAGAUCUCUACACUCGAUAUCACAAAUCCAAUCUCCCACGUCUCUACAAGCUUCGCCAGCAGAUACACUCUCUUCGUCAAGGAAGUAUGGAUUUGUCUUCGUAUCACACCAAAACUCAAGCUCUUUGGGAAGAAUUGUCUAGUCUUCAGGUGACUGCAAGAUCUGUUGAAGAUUUACUUGCUGAAAGAGAAACAAACCGUGUCAUAGACUUUCUCAUGGGACUCAACAACAACUAUGACACUGUUCGUAGCCAGAUUCUUAUGAAGAAAAGCUUGCCUUCUCUAUCUGAGGUUUACAAUAUGCUGGAUCAGGAUGAUUCUCAGAGGUCUGCUUGUCUUCCUCAGACUGCUACUUUAGACUCUACAGCAUUUCAAGUCUCUCAGCAAACAUCUCAGAGCACAUCUUCUGGUGGUUAUCAAAAGAAGGAUAAACAUGUCUGUACUUUCUGUGGUAGAAUUGGACAUGUCAUGGACAAAUGUUACAAGAAAAAUGGCUAUCCAGUUGGACAUCCAAGGUUCAAGUUCUCCCAGUCAGCACCUACUGCAGCCAAUGUUACUUCUGAAUGCUCUUCUGCUGCACCUGCUGGUUUGGAUAAUGUUAAAGUGAAUGAUGAUCUCUCCCCAGAACAGAUGCAACAGAUAGUCUCCUUUCUCAACACCAGAAUUCAUAGCUCUACCAUCACACCUGAAGUUCAUGCUGUUUCAGUGUCUUCCCUGCCCUCUUCUUCUUUAACCACUGGCCCAGCACCUGGAUCUUUCUCGGGACUUAAUGAUUGGGUUGGGUAAACGUGUGGCUAAUCUCUAUUUCUUGGACAUUGAAUCUCUCAAUGCUUCAACCACUAAAGAGUCUUUUGUAGCUGCUUCUGUCGUCUCCCAUGAUCUCUGGCAUCAACGGUUAGGCCACCCUUCUUUUUACAAGCUUCAGUCUCUUUCUCAUCUUUUAAAUUUCAAAAAGGAACCAAAACUUCAAAAGGAAUUUCAUUGUAAAACUUGUCAUUUGGCAAAACAAAAACAUAUUCCUUUUAUUUCGAAGAAUAAUCUCUGUUCAACUCCUUUUGAAUUGGUUCACAUUGAUACUUGGGGUCCUUUUUCUGUUCCCACUAAUGAUGGUUUUAAAUAUUUCCUCACUAUAGUGGAUGAUCAUUCUAGGGCAACUUGGGUUUAUUUGAUGAAGAAUAAGUCUGAUGUUCUCCAUAUUUUUCCUUCUUUUCUUAAUAUGGUUGAGAAUCAGUUUGAGACUAAAGUUAAAGGGGUUAGGUCUGACAAUGCUCAUGAAUUUAAUUUCACCCAAUUGUUUCAAUCCAAAGGAAUUAUCUCUUUCCAUUCAUGUCCUGAAACUCCUCAACAAAAUUCUGUGGUUGAGAGAAAGCAUCAGCACAUUCUUAAUGUUGCUCGAUCUCUUUUAUUUCAAUCACAUCUUCCUCUUGCUUAUUGGGGUGAUUGUGUUCUUUCUGCUGUUCACCUUAUUAAUCGAUUACCAGCUCCUGUUCUAGAUGAUAAAAGCCCUUAUGAAGUCAUAACUAAAAAGACACCUAACUAUGAUGAAUUGAAAGUGUUUGGUUGUCUUUGCUAUGCUUCC